AUGAUUAAAUUGUUAUUUUACUUACAUUUAAUAGUAAAUGUCUAUCCAAAUCAUACUUACAUUCAUAAUAAUAGUAGCUAUGGUAUAAUCGACCAGCAUAUAAAUCACACUAUUAAUGACAAUGAUCAUGAUAAUGGUCAUGAUGAUGAUGAUGAUUUAUUAUGGUUACAAUGGAAAAGUUUACAUCAUAAAAAUUAUUCUACUCAUAAAGAAUAUAAUGAACAUCGUGAAAAUUGGUUGUAUAAUUUACAUUUGAUGAAACAACAUAAUCUAAUGUAUAAUAAAGGUUUAGUAUUAUAUACAAUUGGAUUAAAUCAAUUCUCUGAUUUAAAUUGGAGUCAUAUAAGUACAAUAUAUUUAACAAAUUUAAGUCAAUAUUUAAAUAGACAUAAACAAAAAAGUCAAAUAUUAUUGAAACAAUCUUUAAAUGAAACAAUAUUAAAGAGAAUACCAGAUACAUGGGAUUGGAGAAAAGUAGGUGCUGUAAGUAAAGUUAAAGUACAGGGUAAAUGUGGUGCUUGUUGGGCGUUUUCAGCUGCUGGAGCAUUAGAAGGACAGUUAAAAAAUAGGACUGGUACUUUUGUUGAAUUAUCACCACAACAAUUGAUUGACUGUAGUCAUUCAUUUGGUAACCAUGGCUGUUUAGGCGGUGAUAUGAAUAAUGCAUUUCGAUAUGUUGAAAAAGAUGGAAUACAAUCAGAAGAAAGUUAUCCUUAUUUGACAAAAGAAGGUAAAUGUCAACAUAUUAAAUCAUCAUCAUUAACCUACUCUAAAUCAAUUAUAGAGAUUAAACUCAAUGAUGAAGAACAGUUGAAAUAUGUUUUAUAUGAACAUGGACCAGUUUCAGCUGGCAUAAACGUAGAGCAACAAUUUAUGGGAUACAAGAACGGCAUAUAUCAAUCCCAGUCUUGUUCGUCUACAGAAGUUAAUCAUGCAGUUCUGAUUGUUGGAUAUGGAGAAGAAAAUGGUAUACAAUACUGGAUUAUUAAAAAUAGUUGGGGGACAUCAUGGGGAGAGGAUGGUUAUGUAAGAAUCCGUCGUAAUCAUAAUAACAUGUGUGGCGUAGCAACUAUGGCAAGUGUACCGAAGCUAUAG